AAAAAAAACACACAAUCUCUAUAUCACAUCCGCUAAUUUUGGCGGCACCAAAACCGCUCUCAACACCUCCUCACACCUUUUAGACACUCUUUUAGCGCCAGAAUCCUCUCUUCUCUUUCUCUCUCCUUCUUCCCCCUAGAUUGCCUCAAUCUCCAAAUUUAUCAUCAAUCUUCCCCCUUUUUUCUCUCUCUCUCUUCACUCCUACUAAUCUACAGAUUCUGCAACUUAAACCAAAAAACAAAAACCCCAGAAAAAAAUAAAAUAUUAAAAAUAAAUAAAAAAUGGAGGGUUCAAGCUCUAAACCUUCAUCAUCUCCUUCCAUCUUAAAUCUACUUUGCAGGGAAGAUACAUCUUGCUUAAACGAAGCAGAUGAACUGAACUUGGGUACCCAAUUUCUGAAUUCUCAAAUCGUUCCGUACUUUCAAGAUUUGGUUUCUGAAGACGAUGAUGUUUAUCUUCAAAUGUUGGUCCAAAGAGAGAGAGAUUCAUCGUCCAAUUCACCUGCUUCUUCUUCCGAUUACCCUUCUUGGUUGAAGAAUUAUCGCUCUCUUGCCAUCAACUGGAUUCUCAAUGCUAAAGAUUCAUUUGGAUUCCAAAAUAAAACCGCUUACUUAUCAGUCAUUUACUUGGACCGUUUCUUAUCAAGGAAACACAUCUAUGAGCAUCAACCAUGGGCAGUAACAUUACUAGGAGUUGCCUGUUUAUCAGUGGCUGCAAAAAUGGAUGAAUGUAAAGUGCCUGCAUUAUCACAAUACCAAGUUCCAGAUGUUGUGUUUGGGGCAAAUGUCAUCCAAAACAUGGAGCUUCUUGUUUUGACUACAUUGGAAUGGAAUAUGGCUUUGAUCACUCCUUUUGCUUACAUCCAUUUCUUUGCUAAUAAGUUCGGAAACCGCGAAAAUAAACUAGUUCAUGAAUUGAUCUCCACUGCAACAGGCUUGAUUAUGGCCUUGAUCAAAGAGAGUAGUUCAAUUGAUGAUCAUCAGCCGUUUGUGGUUGCGGCUGCAGCUGUAUUAGCAUCUUGUGAUUGGCAAUUAACAAAGGAAACAUUGAAAGUUAAAGUUAGUACUGUUCCAAUGUGGGAAAUAUCAGACAUUCAACAGAUGCAGAAGCAGGAGGAACAACUGAUUUCCUGUUAUAGCUUGAUGCAGAGAAUAUGUUGUAAGGAAAAUCCUACUACUCCUAACUUGACUGAAGUUGAUCAAACUGCUACUCCACCAACUACAUCAGGCACAAAGAGAAAGCUAACUUUCAGUGACAGUGACCAAAAUCCUGAUUUGCCAGACUGACGGAAAAUAAUCCCGGUUUAUUGUGGAUUAAGCAUUGCUUAAACAUGGAGGAUUAGUGAAAGAGAACAUUAUUAGUUGAGAAAUGGUAAUUACAUUGUUUUUGUUUUUCCUUGUUUUGUAAAAGAAGAGAAGGGAAGUUUUUUUGAUUGUGGGGUUACAGAUUUCCUAAACCAGAGGAUUCAAGUAAAUAAAUGAGAGAUAGAGAGAGAGAGAUAGAGGAUUUUUCAAAAACUCAUCAAGUAAGAAUAGCAGAAGAGAGAUCUUUAGUUCAUUCAUAGUAUUACUCUGUUCAAAUUUUCACCAAUUUUCGUAAUUGUUGUAGUAGUAUUGUUUGUUAUUCUUAAUCAGACUUUUGUUAAUCAGAUAAAUGUAUUCUAGCUCGUGUUCUUGUU